UCUAUAAUGGCUUCCAAUCUCCAUUUCCAAAACCAUAGCCAAAAGAAUCAUCAUGAAAUCGCAGUAGUUGUUGUCCCUUUUCCAGCACAAGGCCAUCUAAAUCAACUUCUCCAACUAUGUAGACUGAUUGCAUCACACAACAUACAAGUCCAUUAUGUUACAACCAUGACACACACUCAUCAAGCUAAAUUAAGAGUUCAUGAUCCAUUUUCAUUCAUCAACAACAACAUCCAUUUUCAUGAACUAUCAACACCAUUCUUCAAAUCUCCCCCUCCUAAUCCGAAUUCCUCGAUCAAAUUCCCGAGCCAUCUGCAACCCUUGUUCGAGUCAUCUUCUUAUCUGCGUAAGCCUUUGGACAAAAUCCUGCGAGACCUCUCGUCUAAAGCACAGAGAGUUGUCAUCAUCCAUGACUCGUUGAUGGGAUCCGUCGUUCAAGAUUUCGUGUACUUGCCUAAUGCUGAGGCCUAUGCUUUCCAUAGUGUGUCAGCAUUUACACUCUUCUUGUUCAUGUGGGAGAACAUGGGCAAACCUUUUGACAUUGAUGCAAAAAUGUUAAAUGAUGUUCCAACACUUGAUGGUUGUUUUACUCCUGAAUUUGAAAAGUUCAUCAAAAGAGAAUAUGAUUAUAUGAAGUUCAAUUCAGGGAAAAUUUACAACACAUGUAGAGUUAUAGAAGGUCCUUUUCUUGAUUUGCUGUCAAAGGAACAAAUCAGCAAUAACAAGAAGCAAUGGGCACUUGGACCAUUUAAUCCUGUUUUAGUCCAACAUGGGACCAAAAGUUGUCACAAGCACCAUAAAUGUUUAACUUGGCUAGACAAACACGAAACAAACUCGGUCAUUUUCGUGUCAUUUGGGACCACAACUUCAUUCUCGGAUGAACAGAUCAAAGAGAUUGCAACCGGAUUGGAGAAGAGCGAGCAGAAGUUCAUUUGGGUGCUGAGGGAUGCCGAUAAAGGUAAUGUUUUCGCGAAGGAUGAAGCAAGAAAGAUCGAAUUGCCAAAAGGGUUUGAGGAGAGAGUUAAAGAUAAGGGGAUUGUGUUGAGAGAUUGGGCACCUCAGUUGGAAAUAUUGGCACAUUCUUCUGUUGGCGGUUUCAUGAGUCAUUGUGGAUGGAAUUCGUGCAUGGAAAGCAUUUCGAUGGGCGUGCCAAUAGCAGCAUGGCCAAUGCAUUCGGAUCAACCCCGAAACACCGUAUUGGUCACAAAGGUUUUGAAAGUUGGCGUAGUUGUUAAGGAUUGGACCCGCAGGCACGAGGUGGUGACACGUGGCGUGGUGCAAGCAGCAGUUGAAAAAUUAAUGGUGUCUAAAGAAGGAGAGGAGAUGAGGAACACAGCAAUGGAUUUAAGUGCAGCUCUUAAGAAAUCAGUAGCAGAAGGUGGCAUUAAGACUAUGGAGUUGGAUUCAUUCAUUUCUCACAUAACAAGGCAAAUUUGAUCAAUCCUAGAUCAAUUUCAUUGAUGGGCUCUCUCCAUUUCGAUGUUAGUCGUUGUGCAACAAGUCUUUGUAGCAGAUCAUCUGCCUUAUUUUUUCAUAUUACUAUUCUCAUUUAUCAUAGGCUUUUGCAUGUAGUUACUAUCUUUUAGAUGACCUCUAAUGUCAAUUAUAUAACGUAUACUCGUCUAAAAUCAAUGGUCAAGAUCUUUCAA